AUGAAUCCUGGUGGUGGGUAUACAAUUGAAGUAAAAAGCUUGUCCCAUAAAGCUACAGAGAAGGAUGUCCAUGAUUUCUUCUCUCACUGUGGUACAGUUGAGCACAUUGAAAUGGUCAGAUCUGGUGAAUACGCUUGCACUGCCUACGUGACAUUUAGAGAUGCCUAUGCUCUUGAAACUGCCAUCCUUCUCAGCGGAGCUAGCAUUGCAGAUCAACCUGUAUACAUAGCACUCUGGGGCACCCAGAUAUAUGAAGGCAGAGCUUACCAUGAGGAAUCCCAUGUGAACCACUUGGCUUCCAGCCCAGGGGAAGCCGUGACAGUGGCACAAGAAGUGGUGAAAACGAUGCUAGCAAAAGGAUACGUCUUGGGGAAAGACGCGCUGGUGAAGGCCAGAGCUCUGGACGAAUCCCACAAGGUGACGGCUGUUGCUGCAGCGAAAGUGGCCGAGCUCAGCAGCAGAAUCGGGCUGACGGAGACGAUACAAUCGGGGAUGGAGACGGCGAGAUUUAUAGACGAAAAGUACCACGUGUCGGACAUCACCAAGACGGCGGUGCUGUACACGGGAGCGGCAGCAGUGACUGCUGCCACCAUCACGGGCCGGACUGCGGCUGCCGCGGCCCAUGCGGUGGUGAACAGCAGCUACUUCGCCCAGGGUGCGGUCUGGGUCUCGGAUGUUCUGGGCCGUGCGGCCCAUGCAGCCGCGGAGUUUGGACAUAAAGAGGGCAAGUAG